UUCUUCUUCUUCUCCUCCUCCUCCUCCUCCUUCUCGCGUUUCUGCGGGAGCCUGCAGACAGACUCGCCGGGCCGGAGCAGGAUACACCCCUCACCUUGAAAAACAUGCUCUCUCUUUUUUUCGAAACCGCCGCAUGAAUCGGAAGAUCGUUUUUCCCUUUCUCUCGCUGUGUUUCUUCCCCCUCUGGACUGCGCAACUCCUACUUUUGUAGCUUUCCCCCCGCUGCUUCUUCUCUGCGCGGCCGCAGCAUCCGAGGCGCCGCGCCGACGGUACCUGCGCCGAGAGGACGCUCCACAUGGGGCUUUGACUUCAUCUGUUUCUGUUUCCCCCCCCCCUAAAGCAGAGGACACCGGGAUAUUGUGCAGCCCCAGGGCAGAUGCCAUUGCGAUGCAGUGGAUGUGACUUUUUUUUCUUUCCACAACAGUUUCUCCGCGUCCUGUGAGGCACAAUGAAAGACGACUUUGCUGACGAAGAGGAGGUGCAGUCCUUUGGUUAUAAGAGGUUCGGAAUCCAGGAGGGUACAGAGUGCACCAAGUGUAAAAAUGACUGGGCUCUGAGGGCUGCCAUCGCCCUCCUCUACGUGCUGUGUGCGCUGCUCACCAUAGCAGUGGCUGUACUCGGAUACAAAGUGGUCCAGCGAAUGGACAAUGUCACAGAGGGCAUGCAGAAUUACGGAGGCAAGAUCAAUGCUGUGGAGACAGAUCUAAAGAAACUAGAUGACCAGGCAGGAGAGAAGUCAGUUAAUGCCACGAGUGCAAUCAAGACUUUCAAGUCAGAUCUGGAGGCGUUACAGCAGCAACUCAAUGACAUUGCGCUCAGGGCAACCAAAAACAGGGACGUCCUCGAUGAGCUUCGGCUCACAGGGGAUGACAUGCAAAACGGCCACGGGUCCCUGCAGAGCUUUCUGGACGGAAAUGCGGCCUCGCUGCGCGGCCUUAACCAGACCUUGGUCACCUAUAGUGGCGUGAUUGACGACCUCCAGACAGACACUGCACGGCUCCAGUCAGAGAUACAGGGCCAGGUCAAAGUGCAGAGCCAGACCCAGGUUAGUGUCAGUGCGCUGAACAUCACCCAGUCCCAGCAACGCAAUCUGCUCAGCACACUACAGAAGACGGUCGAGGACGCAGGGCAGGCAGUGCAGAAGCUGAAGAAUGAUUACCAGGGUCUGCAGCAGACAGCGAGACAGAACCGGGCUGACACAGAGUGGCUAAAGGAAAAGGUCCAGAAUCUCCAGGUUUUGGCAGCCAACAACUCAGCCCUGGCCCGGUCCAAUGGGGAAGCCCUCGAUGACUUGGGGGCUCAGCUCAGCACGCUUGUCAGCCAGAUCCAGAACGCCUCAGCCCUCACUGAGGGACAUGACCAGAGCAUGCGUGAGCUGAUGGACCACCAGAGAGACCACGAUAACGCCACCUCAUCGAAGUUUGAUGAGAUGGAGGCGCGGCUAGACAGACACGAGUAUGACAUGGACCGCGUGACUGGCAACGUGAGCUUCGCCGCACAGCUCCUAGGAGCCAUUAGCUCCGACCUGAACGGCCUGAGAUCCUGUGCUGAGACAGUGAUCCGGCAUUCAGACCUGCUGCUGGGGCUGAACGGCAGCGUGACAGAUGCCGAAGCGGACGGCAAAGAGCUGCGCGCGCAGCAGGAUGAGCUGGCAGCCAGGCUGGACAGAGAGGUCAACAACCUGUCUAUGGUGAUGGAGGAGAUGAAGCUCGUGGACAGCAAGCACUCUCAGCUCAUCACCAACUUCACCAUCUUGCAGGGUCCACCGGGUCCAAGGGGAACCAGGGGAGACAGGGGUCCCAUGGGUCCCACUGGCCCCACAGGACAAAAGGGUGAUAAAGGAGACAAAGGGGUGGUAGGAGUGAUGGGACCUAAAGGAGAGAAAGGUGCUGCUGGACCACCAGGUGCGACAGGUCCAAAGGGAGCAAUUGGGGCCCGGGGUCUCCCAGGAUCUAAAGGAUCGCGAGGGUCUGGAGGUCGAUCUGGAAGCCCUGGUGAUAGGGGUGACACAGGGCCUCAGGGGCUGCCUGGCAGGGAUGGAACUCCAGGGAUGCCAGGACCCCAAGGACCACAGGGGCCCAGAGGUGAUGUGGGACCUGCUGGUUUGGAUGGGCCUCGUGGGGCUGUUGGACCUAUCGGCCCUCCCGGCCCUCCAGGGUUGCCAGGAAUACCGGCGCAUGCACCUCCUCUAAUUUUAAAGCCAACUCAGGCCACUCGGGUCCCGGAACCUUCCAAACCACCUGAGCCCCCCAAACCAGCAGUGGAAUCAGAGGGCUCCGUGUCCCGGCAGGUACAACUCCCUGUCGCGACUACUCCAACGCCUGGUUGCCCACCAGGGUUCAGAAAGUUUGGAGACAGCUGCUAUUACUUCUCCUCUGGUCCCCAGAGACUCAACUUUGAUGAGGCCAGCCAGUUUUGCACUAACGUGUCAUCUCAUAUGGUCAUAAUCAAUGACAAUGAAGAACAGCAAUUUGUGAGAAAUGCAAUUGCUGAAAAAGGUUAUUUCUGGCUGGGCCUUACUGAUAAGGAGGAGGAAAAUGUCUGGAAGUGGGUGGAUGGGACAUUACCUGUUUUCAAGAAGUGGAAGCCUGGCCAGCCUGAUAACUGGACCCAUGGUCAUGAAGACGGCGAGGACUGUGCCGGUCUUAUCCAUAACGCCAACUGGAACGAUUUCUACUGCACUGACCGCAUCGGAUUCAUCUGUGAACGUGCCUCCGACUGUCAAAUUCCUCUCCUCGCCGGUGCACAGCGCCGAAGUGAAGAGCAGUCGGUGACAACACGCCGCGGACUCAAGUCGCCGGACGAGCCACGACCACAGUCGCCCGCUUGUUGCCGUCUGGCGGAGGAGCAGCAGCGGCAGUGUCCGGAGGAGAGGGUCCCGCUCGGCUCCGCUCCACGUCCGCGUCCGCGAACGCGUCGUUACUAUGCGUUUUUACUGCGUGAAAUAAGAACCAGAGAGAGGGUGGAAAGAGAGACCAACGGGCGGAAGGGUGAAAUCUGUCGCUGCCCCAACGCACCAGCGAUGCCUCUCUUCGCGACCAACCCCUACGACCAAGAUGUGGAGAAAGCAACCAGUGAGAUGAACACGGCUGAGGACUGGGGCCUCAUUCUGGACAUAUGUGAUAAGAUAGGGCAGUCGCGCACCGGGCCUAAAGAAUGUCUCCGCUCUAUAAUGAGAAGAGUGAACCACAAGGAUCCUCAUGUGGCCAUGCAGGCUCUGACUCUUCUUGGUGCUUGCGUCUCAAACUGUGGGAAGAUAUUCCACUUGGAGGUGUGUUCCAGAGAGUUUGCCAGCGAAGUCAGUAAUGUCUUAAACAAGGGCCACCCCAAAGUGUGUGAGAAGCUGAAGGCCCUCAUGGUGGAGUGGGCGGAGGACUUCCGCAACGAUCCACAACUCAGUCUGAUCUCGGCGAUGAUCAAGAAUCUACGCGAGCAGGGCGUUACUUUUCCUGCAGUGGGCUCCCAGGCUGCAGAGCAAGCAAAAGCAAGCCCUGCUUUAGUGGCAAAAGAUCCGUCCACCUCAAACAAAAAAGAAGAGGAAGACUUGGCCAAAGCGAUCGAGCUGUCGCUGAAGGAGCAACGUCCACAGACAUCCCUGUCGAGCCUUUACCCGAGUACCUCCAACCUGCUCUCCUCGCACAAGUCCGACGGCAGAAAGGUCCGCGCCAUCUACGACUUCGAGGCUGCAGAGGACAAUGAGCUCACGUUCAAGUCAGGAGAAAUAAUCACUAUCAUGGACGAUAGUGACCCUAACUGGUGGAAAGGGGAAACGUACCAGGGAGUGGGGCUGUUCCCCUCCAACUUUGUCACUGCUGACCUCACUGCAGAGCCUGAGAUGAUGAAGACGGAGAAGAAGACGGUACAGUUCAGUGAGGAGAUCCAGGUGGAGACCAUAGAGCCCGAACAAGAGCCUGUAUUUAUCGACGAGGACAAAAUGGACCAGCUACUGCAGAUGAUCCAGAGUGCAGAUCCCACGGACAACCAGUCAGACAGCGUCGAGUUAUUACAGCUUGAAGGUGCUUGCAAUCAAAUGGGACCCCUCAUUGACCAGAAGUUGGAAGAUAUAGACGGGAAGCACUCGGAGCUGUCGGACCUGAACGUCAAGGUGAUGGAAGCGAUGUCUCUGUACGCCAAGUUGAUGAAUGAGGAUCCGGUCUACGCAAUGUAUGCCAAGCUGCAGAGCCAACAGUACUACAUGCAGCAGCCUGCUAAUGCAGCACAACAGGUCUACCCUGGUCAGCCUGCGUCGGGCUCAUACGCCAUGAGCGGCCCUGCGGUGCAGGGUUACUCUGUUCCCAUGGAGCAGCUUCCAGCUGGAAGCACCAUACCUGGCCAGCAGGCUCCCAGUGACGUUCACAUGUACAUGGGCCAGCCGCCAGUCUACACUGCAGCUCCAGGCAGCAUGGACAUCCAGUCCUACCAGAACCCUGGUGCCGCCCCAGGCAUGACGCAGACGCCAAACUACAGCAACCCCUCCGGCCCGAGCAUAGCACCUUCCGCAGACCCCUCACAGGCCCCGUACUCAGAGAAGGCCUUGCUAUAGGGCACCCCUCAGAUCACUGUCGUACUCACGCGUACAUGCACCAGACCCGAUCAAAUAGUGGUCGUAGAUCAUUUCUUUUAUUUCAUUUUAAGAUUUGUUUUUAUUCUGAAAAUACCAGAUGGAUGGAAAACUACAAGUUAAGAGUAGACUUAUCUUGACAAUUUGCAAUGCUUUGUGUUAUAUGAUACACAGUUUACACUUCUCACUUUCGGUGCAGAGAUGCUCACGGGGCUUCGAUUUGAAGAUCUCACACCCGAGUCGCACACGGUGUGAAAACAGACACACGCAGGAGAAAUGGAGGAGUUUCAGUUGCACUUUAAAAAAAAUAUAUAAUUCUGGUCAUCAUUUAAGCCUGAUCACUUGCAAAUGUAGAUCUAACAGCAAUAUAUGCAUUUUCAAUUGUCACGUACAGGAGUUAACAUUAACUGUGUCCUAGUAGUGACAAGACUAUUAGAAAAUUUGUGGUAAAAAAAAUCCAGUUAAUGGUUCAGUAUUUCUUUUAAAUAAUAUCAGAAGAAGUUUCCUGGAAAGUCCUAGUUAUGCUUUAGUUGAAUUUAUUGGCAGCUGUUGAUUCCAGAGGAAUUUAUUUAAACCUAAAUAAAAUGAAUUUUUUAUUCGUCAUACUUUAAUACAGUGUGAAGGCUUGUGUGCUUGCUUGUAGAAAAAUCCUACAUAUCUGCAUGUUCAGCCGGUCUACUGUAUACAAACAAUUAUUUAGCUUAGAAAUUAAUUUUAAUUAACAAGUUAGAAGAGUUCGUGGCUCGUCAGUAUUUAAUCUUUAAUUCCAUCUAAUACCAAAUUCCAUAGUUUUUUUCCAGAAGCUUUCUAGGAAAUGAUUAAGAUUUACAGACCAAAUUAUUUUUGAAAAAACAAGUGCAACUGUAAACACUUCCAUGUGACACCAUUUAAAAUGCCCCCAACAUGCACAUUGGUGCUGCACAGCCCCAACACCCAAACGCACUACAGAGAGGUGUACAGAUACACUCGCGACACUUUGCUCACACGUCCUCAGCCGUACGUGAUGAUUUCACCUUCACUCACACACUAACCUGGAGAUACAUCCAAAGGCCACAGCCUUCUCGCCCUCUUAAAAGAUAGACUACAGUGUUGAUCACAUCACAAAAUAGGGGCGUUGUCUUAUAUUUACCUUGCUUUUUUCCGUUUAAUAUCAGAAAAUGGCCGUUUAGCGACGCUAAAGAACUACAUUCUGUAUAUGUUGUCAACUUUUUAGAAGUACUGAAAACUGAAGCCACUUUGUUUUUUGGAGGGGAAAAAAAGAAACGAGAGAAAUUCAAGCAUGCACAUGACUCUUGUAUAUAUACUGUACUGAACUAGAAGUGAAGGCACGUGGCGACCUCAUGGGUGGGAUGUUUGUUAACACAGCUCCGGGUGUUUUCGGUCAACUCUGCAACGGUGAUGUCCCAAAUGGUUUAAAAGGUGUAAAAGCCAAAGAGAAUAAAGUAAAAAAACAAAAAAAAUAAAACAUACUCACUACUCGAAAAACACAAGAUCAUUUUCUAUAGCUUUUCCCUCUUCUUUCAGUGACUCCUCACUCAUGCUGCAGAGUUUUCCUUUUUUUAAACGAGCAGUUCUGCAUCCUCGUCGGUGGAUGUGAGACGAGCUCCGUCUGCGUUCAGGAGCUGUACUAACAGACUCGCACCACAGACCUGGCUACUAAGGGGGGGAAUCCUCAGUCUUUGAAGCAUCUCUUUAGUCGGUGUUGAAAAAGGAAUACUUUUUGUGCAUUUUAAUUAUUUUACGAUUAUUGUUAUGCUUUUUUUUUUUUUUAAAUGGAGAGUCAGUGCAGGAUGUAUGUAUUCAGAGAACAGUGGGAUGUUUGAUAUUCUGCCCUGACGUAGCUGUAUAUUUAAAUGGCUCACAUGAGAACAUGGACAUUUUCUCUCUUGUGUUUGAUCACAUGCUUGUCGUACUGUAGGGUUGAAUGGUAAUGUGAAAACCGAUCAAAACCCCCUCUCCGCCACUUGCAUUUCAAAGCCAUCCUUUCUCUGAGCUUGUCCAACACCACAACAGACUCUACCUGUGGCAGAAGUGAAAUAAGGCUUCUGAGAAACCUGGACGAGCACAGUGAGGAUUUGUAAACAUCUCUUUACCAAAGUCUAAGCUAUCGGUAACGGCGCCACUCUUAGGGAAAGAUCAAAUGGACAAAAUCUACUUCUCAAACCGUCAUACGGCUUUUAUGUAUGGAUCGUACAGCUUUGGAAAAAGUUGAUUGUUCCUGAAAAAACUGAAUGGAUUAGCAAAAAGCUAACGAGAUGAGGGGGGUCAUAAUUUAUGUUGUUGUAGAAUAUUGAAUGAUGCUAAAUUAAGGAAUUAUGAAGCCGUUUUUAAAUCUGCUUAGCCAAAUGUUCCAAUUGCAAAAUUCCUUUGUGUGCUUGAGCUGACUGUAAAAAUGUUGUGUCAUUUCAAUUUCUCUUGAGAUCCUGUGUUUCAGAUGUGCUGCUUCUUGUCGUCCCCCUUGCCGCCUUAAGAAUAUAAAACGACCCACCGGCUUAAGGUUUGGUACCUGGGACUCGGCAAAACAAGAGGCCAAUUCAUUCUCAAGACCUCAAUUUUUGCAUUAAUUUAUUCGAUUCAAAGAUGCGGAAGAUAGUUGAAUCAAAUCUCCCCCCCAGAGAGCAGACCGUAUCAAAGUGGCCGCAGUUCUGGGACCACGGGCACCAGGAGCCAGUUCGUCGUCCCACAUCAUCCAAACGUGACGCGUUGCACCGCAGCGCACGGUUGCAGCCCCGAAGUAACUUUAUUGUAUAGGGUUGAGAUGCUGCCUGUUCUUAAGUUAAGAAACCGACAUUAUUGUAAAGGUUCUGUUUAAAACGUGUAUCCUACUGUUUCUAUGUAUUCUUUUAACCAUACUUAUUAAAUUGGUAUUCACAAUAAAACCAGGCCAAAUGUACAGGA